AAAAAUUACAUUUCAUUUCCUCUCUCUCCUCCUUUCCCUCUCCUUCUUCCUCUCUCCUCUCCUCUUCCGUUUCUCUCUAUGACGUCGCUAUAUACAUAAUAAUAAAUAAAACAAACAUAUACAAAGCUUUCGUCUUCCUCUAUGAUGUAGCUGCCAUAAGGAAAAGAAAACAGAGGAACUGAUUUUAUUUCAUUUUUCUAUAUUUUUGUGUUUGUUUUUUCUCAAAUGCACGCCAAAAAUAGGGUUCCUAAUAGCGGCCAAAGCACCCCAUCACCACCGGCAUCACCACUACGGUCACCGAGGUACCGCCCCGGGAGGAAGUCGGGUAGGUGCAGCCCGUUCCAACCGGGGCGGACCAUUGCCCAUCGCUUCUCUUGCUUACUUCUCUCUGUUCUUCUUCGUCGACAACGGAUUUUCCUCUUUGCUCCUCUCAUUUAUAUCUCCGGGAUGCUUCUUUACAUGGGCACCGCUUCCGUUGAUAUCAUUCCUGUUGUUAAACACCGACCCUCACCCGGCUCCGUUUACCGGAGUCCCCAGGUUUACGAGAAACUUAAAAUUUAUAUGAAUGCCGAUAAUUCCUCUGCUGACGCGAUUUUGACUGUAUGGAAAAAUUCCUAUAAAGGGGGGCAGUGGAGACCUUGUGUAAACAAGUCUUAUGAAGGUUUACCUGAAUCAAAUGGUUACAUAUAUGUUGAGGCAAAUGGAGGCUUAAAUCAACAGAGGACAUCGAUCUGCAAUGCAGUUGCUGUGGCAGGCUAUCUUAAUGCAACCCUUCUAAUCCCUAAUUUCCAUUUUCAUAGCAUAUGGCGAGAUCCCAGCAAAUUCAAAGACAUAUAUGAUGAGGAGUAUUUCAUCAGUACCUUAAAGAACGAUGUACGAGUUGUUGAUAAGAUUCCUGAGUACAUAAUGGAACGAUUUGACCAUAAUUUGACCAAUGUUUACAACUUCAGAAUUAAAGCAUGGUCAUCCAUUAGGUAUUACAGGGAUGUGGUCCUGCCCAAGCUGCUUGAAGAAAAGGUUAUAAGAAUUUCUCCUUUUGCAAACCGCUUAUCAUUUGAUGCUCCUCCUGCUGUCCAAAGACUCAGAUGCUUGGCAAAUUAUGAAGCUUUACGGUUUUCAAGUCCAAUACUAAGGCUUGGAGAAACUUUGGUUGCAAGAAUGAAAGAGCGCAGUGCAAACAGUGGUGGCAAGUAUCUUUCUGUUCAUCUUCGGUUUGAGGAGGAUAUGGUAGCUUUCUCUUGUUGUGUAUUUGAUGGUGGGGAACUGGAAAAAGAAGACAUGAAAAAAGCAAGGGAAAGAGGCUGGAAAGGAAAAUUUACAAAACCUGGUCGAGUUAUACGCCCUGGAGCAAUCAGGAUUAAUGGAAAAUGCCCACUGACUCCUUUAGAGGUUGGAUUGAUGCUUAGAGGAAUGGGAUUUGAUAAUAAUACAUAUAUCUUUUUGGCUUCUGGAAAGAUAUACAAUUCUGAGAAAACAAUGGCUCCUUUACUGGAAAUGUUUCCCAACUUGCAAACAAAAGAGAUGCUGGCAUCUGAGGAAGAACUUGUUCCAUAUAAGAGAUUUUCUUCCAGGAUGGCUGCCAUAGACUAUACUGUUUGCCUUCAUAGCGAGGUAUUUGUGACUACUCAAGGUGGGAAUUUUCCUCAUUUUCUGAUGGGCCACAGGAGGUACCUGUACAGCGGACAUUCCAAGACAAUUCGACCAGACAAGCGAAGGUUGGCACUGCUAUUUGAUAACCCUAAUAUUGGGUGGAGAACUUUCAAGCGACAAAUGCUGAAUAUGAGGUCUCAUAGUGACACAAAGGGAUUUGAGCUCAAAAGGCCCAAUGAUUCGAUAUAUACCUUCCCAUGCCCUGAUUGCAUGUGUCGUACAAACAAAUCAGAAGCAGCAAGAUCAUCAUCAGCUACGUGAUCUUGGAGGAUUUUGAUGGGUGAAUGUAUUUUGUUCCUGUAAACAUAGCUAGCACAUAUUGGCACUGGCCCCCCCUUUUCUUUUGUCUAAUUUUUUCAUUCUUUUAAUCCUCUUUAUGUGGAAAGAGGGCACACAAUUCAAAUUUGGAGCUUUGAGGACAUUUUUCAGAGGUCAUACUGAAAUUCUCAGCUGCAUCUUUUUUGUAUACGAUGUUCAGAGAACGAAAAUUGACGAUUUUGCUAACGGAGGAUGUCCCUGGCAUUAUUGUUUUGUGAUUUUGCUGUAGCAGCAACUGCUGCAUCUAUCAAACUGUUAACACGGUAUUCUUUCACACCCUGGUUUUAUGAUUUUCUGUAAAUUAGUUGCAGUUUGAUUUGGAAGAAAUUUUGGUGUAGGUUGUGAGAAAUCAGGGUAUUAUUAUUGAUAAUUCAUAUUGAAUUUUGUGAGAAACCAGUUUUAUGAUUCAGUUUUGGUGUAAA